UCGGCCAUUGCGGCGCCGGCGUGAUGACGUAGCCGCCGCGCGUUCCGCGCGUCCGGUUUCCACGGCAACGACCGCCGCGGCAUUACCUCGCCUCAGGCAUGGAGGGCGGCAGGAUGGCGAAUCCCUAUAGCCGAGUGGUGAGGGAGGUGCGGGGACCCAAGCCGUUUUCCUACGCCAUAAGGGCUAAGUUUCCCAAACCGAAUGAUGCCAUGAAGCAAAUCCUCCUCUGGAGGGAGCAAGAGAAACUGCGCCAUGCGGCCGCCAUGUACGCAAAGUCCCAUCUCCUUGGCCGCCAGAUCAUCGAAAGGGAGGAUCGGAAUGAGCGAAAACAGUUCCACCGGAUCGUGCAGAAGAGGGUUGAUGUUGAAAUGCAGGCAUACCUGACAGGACAAGAGGAGAGGAAAGAAAGGCUUCGCGAUCUCCUGGAAGCCGAGGAAAAGUGUUACCUAGCUGCAAUAGAAUCGCUGGGAGAAACUAUGGAAGACAGGCGAGUGAACAUGAGAGCAAAAGCAAAAUUGCUGAGAGAUAAGAGGGAAGAAGCUCGGCGGAAACUUGUGGCGGAAAAACGGGAUCAACAGUUCAGAGUAACUUGUGAGGACGCACGGACACUGUGGAGCAAGAAGCAUCUGAUGGAGAUAUGUGAGGACCGGCUGGCCCAGCUGGCCCUGAAGGAGGAACUCAAGAAGCAACGAGCAAGGGAGGAGGCGGCCUUUGCGGCUCUUUGGGAAGAGGACAGGCUGGCCAAGGAGAAGCGGGCAGCGGAGGACGAACGGAAGAGAACAAGGUGGACUGACAGCCAGAAAAACCUCCUUGAAGCUCAGCAAACUGUGGCGGACGCUCAGCGGGAGGAGGCGAGGCGUCUGAAGGAAGAAGAGGCGAAGCUGAUGGAAGAAGAACGUCAGCUGAUGAAACUAGAGAAUGAGCGAGCCGAGAUCGAGCGGCAGCGGAAGCUGAGGGAGUGCAGAGACAUGCUGCUGGAUUCCAUGGAGGAGAAGAGGAGGCGUCUCCACGAAGAGCAGCAAGAGGAGCUGGCUUUAGAUAUGAAGAUCCUGGAUCACAUCAUGAAAGAAUCCCAGGAGGAUACAGAGAGCCAAAAGAGAAGGAAAAAAGAGCUCUUGAAAGAGCAGCAGAUGUUUAAGGCCUACCUGGCUCAGCAGAGGGAGGACGAGCAGCGCCAGGAAAAAGAGCUGGACAAGCUGCGGGCAGAAGAGACAGCCCGGAUGUGGGCAAAGAGAGCCGCGAAGGAGAGGGCCAUGAAGGAGGCCAGAGGCCGCUUGCUCACAGAAGUCAUGGACACAAGGAGACUUCAGCUGGAGGAGAAACUGCAGAGAAAUGCCCAAGAACAAGAGGCACUGAUUCGGGACAGGGAAUUGUUAAAUGCAGCCAUUCAAGAAUUCAACCGUCUAGAAGAGGAGAAAUAUGCAAGGCGCACACAGCAAGCAAAGGUGUAUCAGGAGGAACUCAAUGCUCAAAUGGAUUACAACAAGCAAGCCCGUGAUCUUGAGAAGGAAGAAGAACGCCGCCAAUACGCUUUGUCCCUGGAAGCGGAAAAGCUCUACCAGCAGAAGAUAGCGGACAUCAUCUCAAGACCUUACAUGAAGUUGUCAGAUCUCCAUCCUUUGCGGAGGUACCUUGCCAGCAGUUCUUAAUCUUAGACUCCAACCAAUUUCCUUUAUAUAGAUCUAUAUUUAUAAUUCACUGCAUUUAAAACUCUCAAGUGCAGCUAAAGCAUCUUCUACUUGUGUACACUGACUGAGGGGAAGAUGACUCUAGAAUACCAUGUUUCAUAGCUUCUUUUCUUGGUCAAGAAAAAUCUCCUUUUAAAAAUAAAAUGCUGUCGAAAGUUUUAUGUUUUAAAUAAAGAACAUUGCAUGGUGAAA